ACCUAACCUACAAAGCUACCACCAAGUUACUGUUAGUUUAGUAAAAGUUACUACUAAACUUAUUUAGUUAGUAAGUUAGUAUGAAGAAGUAGAGCAAGCUGGGCCGCAGACGGAUAGUCUUGUAUAGUUAUUUUUUUAAUUAAUGUUUUGUGUCAAUGUCAAUGGACAAUUAUGUUAAUCCAAAUUACACUAGACAGUAGGCUAAUCCUGAAGUCAAUAAAUAUUUCAUAGUCUAUAGGAAGGUGGGGUAUAUUAGAUAUGACUAAUUCUGGAGAGGUUGUCAAUUCUAAGAUUAUGGAUGCUGAUUCCAGUAGCGAAGAAUAUUUAAUUUUUUCAAACAGCAAUGUUAAAAAUGUAAAUAUUGCUAACACCAGUGUUAGCAGGUUAAGAAGGAAAAAGAUUAAGAAGGGUAUCAUUUUUCUAUCAACCAUUCCGCCAUUCAUGAACGUUACAAAAAUUACUGAAAUAAUGAGUCAAUAUGGAGAAGUUGGAAGAGUGUUCCUUCAGCCUGCUAAAACAAAAGGGAAGAAGCCUUCUAAGCAUUUCACAGAAGGUUGGGUGGAGUUUCUGAGUAAACGAGUGGCCAAAGAAGUAGCAGAGAAUUUGAAUAACACCACCAUUGGAGGACGGAAGAAAAGUAGAUUUUACGAUUAUAUAUGGAACUUGAAAUAUCUCCCCAGGUUUAAGUGGGUUCAUCUAAAUGAACGUUUGGAAUAUGAAAGAGCAGUUAUGAAACAAAAACUUAGAACUGAAAUCGAACUGGCCAAGCGAGAGUCCAGUCACUUUGCUCAACAGGUGGAACUGAGUGAAAAAUUGAAGAAAACAAAAAAUAGAAAAACUGGUAAUGUGAAUGCAGAGGAAAAUCAUAAGAAUACUAAUACAAUCAAGCAGAGGAAAACUGACGAAGAAAUUAGAAAUAAGAAGCAGCAAGCAAGUAAAGAAGAUAGGUCUGCAUUUUUGAAAAAUUUGUUUGUUAAAUGAUGUAUACUUGUGUUUAUAAAUUUGUAUAAAAUGUUACCCAUGGAUAUAA